GCAAGAGAGAGGGAGGGGGAAAAAAAGAAAGGAAAGACUCAAGAAGGAGUGAGGGGCAGCACUGUUGAAAAAGACUGACUCCUUGGUGCUGUUAGGCAGAAGUGAUGGGCUCCCCUCACAGUAUGUGACUGUCCUCUCAGGGCUGGACAGAGAGGAUCUCACAGCUCCUUAGAGCUUCCUGCUCAUUAAAUAAUCUGCAAAGAAAGAGCUCAUCUGCCAAACUGCUCCACUCUCAUUUUCACUGCAGUGUUCAAAAUUAAUACCACCAAGUCAGGGUUUUUUUUUCUUAAGAUUUUGAAAAGCACGCUUUAUGUCUUCAAGGAACACUGGACAACCUGGCAAGAGCUUCCCACAGGUCUGGCCGCUGUUUCAGUGAGCAAUGAAGGUGUCAGGUGAUAAAAGCUUCUGACAAGACAACUGACCUCUUCUGACUGACAGCCAGGACACAGAGCAAGACAGUUAGGGAGUGAAAGAGAGAGAGAGAGGGAGAAAGAUACCAACUAUCCUGGAUCAGCAGGCUGAAGUAGUGAUGACUGUUUUCGCACUUCAGUCAAAUCCGCCCGGCCGGCGAGGGAUUUAAGCGGAGACGCGAGCAAAGGCACAACUAUCCGACAGUUCACACCCUUACCAGGGCUACAUUACACAGCCAUACCCAGCCACGCCCUAAACCCUAUCACUAUGAAGCCCUUUGCAGUGGUAUUGCUGGUGGUGGUGCUGGUCCACAGUCCCGGUUCUGUGGCAGGGAAGAUCCAGCCAAUGGAGAGCGGUGAGGAGGUUCUGGAGCAGGAGUUCCUGUACGCUGGGCGUCAGAAGCGCGCCGUGGACCCCCAGCAGCCGGACAAGUGCUCCUACACCUUCAUCGUGCCCCAGCAGAAGGUGACGGGCGCCAUCUGCGUCAACUCCAAGGAGCCGGACGCGGUGCUGGAGAACCGCGUCAACAAGCAGGAGCUGGAGCUGCUGAACGGCGAGCUGCUGAAGCAGAAGCGGCAGAUCGAGACGCUGCAGCAGCUGGUGGAGGUGGACGGCGGCAUCGUCAACGAGGUCAAGCUGCUGCGCAAGGAGAGCCGCAACAUGAACUCGCGCGUGACGCAGCUCUACAUGCAGCUGCUGCACGAGAUCAUCCGCAAGCGCGACAACGCGCUGGAGCUCUCGCAGCUGGAGAACCGCAUCCUCAACCACACGUCCGACAUGCUGCAGCUCACCAACCGCUACAAGGACCUGGAGCACAAGUACCAGCACCUGGCCGCGCUGGCCAGCAACCAGUCCAUCCUCAUCGCCCAGCUGGAGGAGCACUGCCAGCGGAUGCCCGUCGUCGCCGUCCGCCCCGCCCCCCAGCCGCCGCCCCCUCCCUCGCCGCCGAUUAGCAAGCCCUACCAGCCGCCGACCUACACCCGCAUCACCAACCAAAUCACCAACGAGAUCCAGAGUGACCAGAACCUCAAGGCCCUGCCGCCUCCACUUCCCACAAUGCCCAGUGGCACUCACAGUCCCUCCACGACGAACAAACCCUCCGGGCCCUUUAAGGACUGUCUGCAUGCUCUGGAGGAAGGCCAUGGCACCAGUGGCAUGUACCUGGUGAAGCCAGAGAAUGCCAACCGGCUCAUGCAGGUGUGGUGCGACCAGAGGCACGAUCCUGGCGGCUGGACAGUCAUCCAGAGGAGGCAGGACGGCUCGGUCAACUUCUUCAGGAACUGGGAGACGUACAAGCAAGGUUUCGGAAACAUCGAUGGUGAAUACUGGCUAGGCCUGGAAAACAUCUACUGGCUAACAAACCAAGGCAACUACAAGCUGCUGGUGACCCUGGAGGACUGGUCUGGCAGGAAGGUGUUCGCUGAGUACGCCAGCUUCCGGCUCGAGUCUGAGGCAGAGUUCUACAAGCUGAGGGUGGGCCGCUACCACGGAAAUGCAGGUGACUCCCUCACCUGGCACAACGGAAAGCAGUUCACCACCCUGGACAGGGACCACGAUGUGUACACAGGUAACUGUGCCCACUACCAGAAGGGAGGCUGGUGGUACAAUGCAUGUGCCCACUCCAACCUCAAUGGGGUGUGGUAUCGAGGGGGUCAUUACCGCAGCCGUUACCAGGACGGGGUCUACUGGGCGGAGUUUCGGGGCGGGGCCUAUUCCCUGAAGAAAGUCAUCAUGAUGAUCCGACCCAACCCCAACACCUUCCACUGAAGGCAAAAUUUAAAACAAAACAAAACAAGAAGAAGAAAAAAAAACAGAACCGACUUCACUUCAUCCUCGUUGUCUUCUUGUCUGUUUUUACUUUGAAGAAAAAAAAAUGCAAAGCGUACCUUUCAGCUCUGUUCUGCUCCUGUUCAGCUUUUGUUUUUAUUUCGUAUGACCUUGUGUCUGUGUGUGUUUAUUUUGAAUAUUGCUUUGUGUCCAUAAAUAACUAGUUGAUGUUAAGCAAAUGUGCAAUUGCCUUGCCAGGGGGUUACAAAGACACAGCGAUGGCUCUGUCUGGGUAACCCUGCUCCUAAAAUGCACUGGCAGCGUUUCCUCAGAGGAAUUGACUGGUGAGAGGGACUGUGUAAUAGAGAAGCCUUGCCAGCCACAGAGGAACAGUUAAUGCCAUCAUAACCCAGGGCCACCUAAUCCUGUUUGUUUGUUUGUUUUUUACUCUGGCUCCAGCCCAGAGGCACAAACAGCAGUUCACUCGUGAUGACGUUACUGCUGCCGCUAAACCGAAGAUGCUUGAUUUUGCCUUGAUGCGCUCGGUGUUGCAUUCUAUAUUUCCUCUUGAAUAAGAUGAUGGAAACAGAAAAGCUUGCAAUAUGGAACAACUGCUGACAGCCAGAUGAGAGGGUUUUAUUCGGCUUUUGAUGCAGAGUAGUAAUGACUCUGCCCUGCAUAAAAAAGAAGGCCGAGAAGAACAAAAUGGUAUCAGUACCUCACUUAAUACAAAAUGUUUCUACCCCUCCUUUGUUGCAAUGUGGGUACAGAAGAAACACCUGAAACCUCAAUGUGUGCUUGACUCCAUCUGUGUUCAGUAAACACUUGAAACCUUAAUGAAAAAGGUGGAACUUUGUUAAAUGUUUUGUCCUAACACAAUACACAACACAGGUAAUUUCACAGUUUUGAACAAACAGCUUUAUUUCAUACUCCUCAAAUGUAUAAAUCAUUCUCUGGAGAAAUACGACGCAGGAAGAUAUAUGUAUCCGGUGACAGUACAGAAUAUAAUCCAUUUGUUGAAAAUGUGCCUUUUUACAGUAAAAACAAAAUUACAUGUAGAAACAGACAGUCUGACUAAUUUAUUUAGAGAGCGCUAGCAUUGCCAGAGUUUCCUGCAAAGCAUCCUGGGAGUAUACGUAAUGCUUUGGGAGGCUCUUAUCUUUCAGCAGCAAUGAAAGGCCACAUGGUGGCCUGCUCUGUUCUACAAAUGCGCAGAAUGCCCCAGAGGGACUGAGAGGUCCCGCUAAAAGCCCUGACUAAUACCAAUCGUGCUUAGGGAAAAAAGUAACCUUCGAUAUAUCUAAAUGUCUUGUCAGAGAGUGAAUUCAGCUGUUCCCUCACUCCCUUCUAGGUUCUAAUGUGGUGCUGGGCUAGAGGAAUGCUAAUGCUGUGAACAUUCAUAAAUCUCCCUGUUGCCUUUUAAAUAGGAUGGGGGAGAGCACAAGGAAUGAGAGAUGAUGGACAGUGCACCCUCUCACAGAAAAGACCAAAUACAGAAAUGCAUAAAAAGUACAGAUUGACCUAUCUAAGCAUAGGGUGAACCACAGUGUGAAUGCUUUUUGACCAAGCAUGCUUGUUUAAAGUUUUGUCAUAUGCAUUGUGUGACAGCACUCUGUAUGUGAUAGUAUUAUUUAAAACCACAGCGUGAGCAAUGCUCCCCUGAUGCUGUGGCUGGCCAAACAUUUUCAGAACAGCUGCUGACAUGUUGAAGGGAAAACAAGAGAAAUGACGAGCUACACUGAUUUCAGUUGGUUCCCCAUUGAUAUCAUGAGUCAAGUAACCAACGAUAACAAAGACACAAAUGUCUUCCAUAUACAUUUUUAGGCCUUUAAAUAUUUUAAUGAAUGUUGAAUGAGAGUCAAACUGGCUAUUGACUUUACCUUUUUUGAAUGUUCAUACUUUCAUUCUUUCAUUUAUUUCUUUUUUGUUUUUGUCCUGAGCUCCAAACUGACAGGGAGCACUGUAAGCAUAUGUAAAAGAAAAUUGUUUGUGUCACACAAAGAACCGACACAUCUGUGUACAUAGGCCAUACGUUAAAGUAUUUUUGUAAUAUAAUGUAACAAUAUCUCAUUGUACCGAGUUACCAGACUGUUGCAAUAAACCGUGUACAGCUAACAUGUUGUCCACUGUUGACCACUUGCUUCAUGUCUCUUGGCAACACAGACUCUGACUGGAGACAUGGUUAACAUAAAAACAAGAUAAAACAUGAGAAAGCACAGCGAUAACAGUGUUCUAAACAGAAAUGUUUGGAAGAAUGAUAAA